UCAUGGCAGUCGGCGGCCAGUGAGCGCAGGACUGCCAGGGCUGGGGACCCGGUGUUUGCGGGGAUCGGCGGCGACAGGCGGGCUGGAGGCUACUUCUGUAACUGGAUCGCCAGUUUGAGCCAGGAAGCGCCAUGUCUCGGGUACGACAGCCUCCGCUCGUGACAGGCAUCUCUCCCAACGAAGGCAUACCAUGGACCAAGGUCACCAUCCGAGGGGAAAACCUGGGCACAGGUCCCACAGACCUCAUAGGCCUGACGAUCUGCGGACACAACUGCCUCCUCACGGCGGAAUGGAUGUCGGCGAGCAAGAUCGUGUGCCGCGUGGGGCAGGCCAAAAACGACAAAGGAGACAUCAUUGUCACAACUAAGUCGGGUGGCAAAGGGACCUCCACGGUGUCGUUCAAACUGCUGAAACCCGAAAAAAUAGGCAUCUUGGAUCAGUCGGCCGUGUGGGUGGACGAGAUGAAUUACUAUGACCUGCGCACCGACAGGAAUAAAGGCAUGCCCCCCUUAUCCCUGCGCCCUGCCAAUCCUCUCGGCAUUGAGAUCGAAAAGAGCAAGUUUCCGCAGAAAGACCUGGAGGCGCUGUUCCACGGAAUGAGUGCCGACUUCACCAGUGAGAACUUCUCAGCCGCCUGGUAUCUGAUCGAGAACCACUCCAGCACCAGCUUUGAGCAGCUCAAGAUGGCUGUGGCCAACCUCAAGCGGCAGGCCAACAAGAAGAGCGAGGGCAGUCUGGCGUGCGUCAAGGGCGGGCUCAGCACCUUCUUUGAGGCCCAAGACGCCCUCUCAGCCAUCCAUCAAAAACUAGAAGCGGAUGGAACGGAAAAAGUCGAAGGGUCCAUGACGCAGAAACUGGAGAAUGUUCUGAACAGAGCGAGCGACACCGCGGACGCGCUCUUCCAGGAGGUGCUGGGCCGGAAGGACAAGGCGGAUUCCACCAGGAACGCCCUCAACGUGCUGCAGCGGUUCAAGUUCCUGUUCAACCUGCCCCUGAGCAUCGAGAGGAACAUCCAGAAGGGUGAUUACGAUGUGGUUAUUAACGACUAUGAAAAGGCCAAAUCACUCUUUGGGAAAACGGAGGUGCAAGUUUUCAAGAAAUACUACGCUGAGGUAGAAACGCGGAUCGAAGCUUUGAGGGAAUUACUGCUGGAGAAGUUGCUCGAGACGCCAUCAACACUGCAUGACCAGAAGCGUUACAUCAGGUAUCUGUGCGACCUCCACGCGCCCGGCGACCCGGCCUGGCAGUGCAUCGGGGCGCAGCACCGCUGGAUCCUGCAGCUCAUGCACGGCUGUAGGGAGGGCUACGUGAAGGACCUGAGAGGUAACCCCGGGCCGCACAGCCCCAUGCUGGACCCCGAAACCGAUGCCCGCCCCUCCUUGGCACUGGCCCACCUCGCCCAGACGGCAUCACUCAAGAGGGGCAGCAGCUUCCAGUCUGGGCGGGAUGACACCUGGAGAUACAAAACUCCCCACAGGGUGGCGUUUGUUGAAAAGUUGACCAAGCUUGUGUUAAGUCAGCUGCCCAACUUCUGGAAGCUCUGGAUUUCCUAUGUUAAUGGAAGCCUCUUCAGCGAGACUGCCGAGAAGUCAGGCCAGAUUGAACGAGCCAAGAAUGUGAGGCAGAGACAAGGCGAGUUCAAGAAAAUGAUCCAGGAGGUGAUGCAGUCCCUGGUGAAGCUGAUCCGCGGGGCUCUGCUGCCGCUCAGCAUCCGGGAAGCGGAGGCCCGGCAGUACGGAGGCUGGGAGCUCAAGGCCGAGCUGUCAGGCCAGUGGCUGGCUCACGUCAUCCAGACGCUGAGGCUGACCUAUGAGUCCCUGGCUGCCCUCGAAAUCCCCAAUGACAUGCUGCAGAACAUCCAGGACCUCGUCCUGGACCUGCGCGUGCGGUGCGUGAAAAUCACCUUGCAGCACACGGCCGAAGAAGUGAAGAGACUGGCCGAGAAGGAAGACUGGGCUGUCGGCAACGACGGAUUGACUUCUCUGCCGUGCCAGUUUGAACAGUGCAUCGCACACUCCCUGCAGUCGCUGAAAGGUGUCCUUGAGUGCAAACCUGGAGAAGCCAGCGUCUUUCAGCAGCCCAAGACGCAGGAGGAGGUUUGCCAGCUGAGCAUCAACAUCAUGCAGGUUUUUAUAUACUGUCUGGAACAGUUGAGCACCAAGCCAGAUGCAGAUCUAGACACUACGCAUCUCUCCGUUGAUGUCUCCUCCCCCGAUUUGUUUGGAAGUAUCCAUGAAGAUUUCAGCCUGACUUCAGAACAGCACCUGCUGAUAGUCCUGAGUAACUGCUGCCACCUGGAGCGCCGCACCUUCCUCAGCGUAGCCGAACACUUCGCCAAGCACGACUUCCAGGGCGUGGAGAAAAUAACGCAGGUUAGCAUGGCUUCGUUGAAAGAGCUGGACCAGAGACUCUUUGAAAACUACAUUGAGCUGAAAGCAGACCCCAUUGUGGGCUCCUUGGAACCUGGAAUUUAUGCCGGAUACUUUGACUGGAAAGACUGCCUGCCUCCAACAGGUGUCAGAAACUAUUUGAAAGAAGCAUUGGUGAAUAUCACUGCCGUGCAUGCAGAGGUCUUCACCAUUUCCAAAGAGCUGGUGCCCCGCGUGCUGUCGAGGGUGGUGGAGGCGGUGUCCGAGGAGCUGAGUCGGCUGAUGCAGUGUGUGUCGUCCUUCAGCAAGAACGGAGCCCUGCAGGCAAGACUUGAAAUCUGUGCCCUGCGGGAUACCGUGGCCAUUUACCUGACAUCCGAAAGCAGGUCCAGUUUCAAGCAAGCCCUGGAAGCCCUGCCUCAGCUUGCCAGCGGAGCAGAUAAAAAGUUCCUGGAGGAGCUGCUCAACAAGUUCAAAAGCAGCAUGCACCUGCAGCUCACCUGUUUCCAGGCUGCUGCUCCAGCCACGAUGAAGACCUAGACUGGCAAGAGAAGGGCAGGACCCACAGAUGCUGUGAAGUGGAACGCCCCUGGACCGGCAUUGUGGCACAGUGGGUUGGACUGCCGACAUCCCCUGGGAGCACCAGCACAGGUCUCGGCCAUACUUCUGAUCCGGCUCCCUGCUAACAUGCCUGGGAAAAUGACGGCAGCUGGCCUCCAUGGGAGACCUGCGUGGAGUGCCAGGCUCCUGGUUUCAGCCUG